AUGAAGUUCAGUAACAUCAUUCUCUUGGGCUCGGCACUUCUAGCCGAAGUGUUUGCAGCUCCAGUUGAGCCGAAUGGGUAUGAAGAAGAUAAAUUGGAUGGUAUGUACUACCGGAAUGAUGAAGGUAAAGCAGUCAGAUUGGGAAGAAGAGACAUUGAUACUGCAGACAUGCCAGCUGGUGCAUGGUAUAAAACCGUGACCACUUCAGUUGAUGGCAAGUAUGGCACAUAUCUUGAAGUCGUCUAUACUUCGACAAUCAGACCUGCCACCACCUAUACGCUACAAAAUGGUGAGAUCACCACUGUUUCUUCGGUUGCAAAGUCGACAACAACACAAUCUGCUGUAAUUGCAACCGACCCAGCAGAAGCAAGUUCAGAGGCAACUGCAACCAGUAGUGAAAACAGCAGUCCCGAAGAGACGGAAAGUUACGAUUACAGCAGUACAGGUAGUGACUUUGGAAGCUCGAUUCCAGCCUCAACCGUUGCUGAAAAUUCUACAUCCUCCGCAUUCUCCACGUCGAGCACACAAUCCACACAGUCCACACAGUCCACAACUUCAAGUUCCGCAUCUUCUACAAUAACUUCAUCACCUGUGAGCAGCUCGGGUGUGCAGAAAGUGACUGCUUCUGUCAGCUACUCCUUCCCUUCGAGUUCCGAUUCUGAAGACAGUGUUUCGUACACUCCUUACUAUACAGAAACGGCAGGUAAUGGUGUGUGUAUCGUCUACUAUGCAGAGGAUGACGAAACAGAGUCAUACGAUGAUGAUACCCCUUACACUACGAUGACUCUCACCUCGGUUGUUGCUACUGUUACUCUAACACGGAGCUGA